CCGCUCAGAAAACCGAGGCCGCCAGAAGGCGAUAAAAUCCGCUCGGUCCCUUUUUGAUUUGCGGCUCCAAAGCGGAAGUACUCCAGUAGUCCGCGAGGCCAAGAGCAACGGCACCGUAACGGCAAGAUGGCUCACAGGCUGCUGUUAAGCAGAAUUUGGACACUCUCUGCAAAAGACUUCCGCCGCGUCCCAGCAUCCACUGCCACCUUCGCCUCCUCUUCAUUUCCCACCUCCUCCCUACAGUCCACCACAACUCGGGUCUCCUUCCUGUCCCCCUCACGCACCCUGCCUCACUCACUGCCUCACACCUCCCGCCGUGAAGUCUCUUUCAAUGUUCAGGACCACGAGGACUUUACGGGGGUCAUCAAUAGUGACUUGCCUGUGUUAGUCGACUUCCAUGCACAGUGGUGUGGUCCCUGUAAAAUCCUCGGGCCAAGGUUGGAGAAGGCUGUUAGGAAACAGAAAGGCCGUGUUGCCAUGGCGAAAGUUGACAUAGAUGAUCACACAGACCUGGCUCUUGAAUAUGGGGUUUCAGCCGUUCCAACGGUAAUUGGCAUGCGAGGAGGUGAUGUCGUCGGCCAUUUUGUGGGAAUCAAAGAUGACGAUGAACUGGACUCAUUUGUCAGCAAAGUCAUCGGAAAGUAAACCAACAGUCCCGUCCCCUGCCGUUUACCACCACUGUGGUGCUGUUUUAUAUCCUGUUCUGUCACGAUUGGCAUUCAGCCGUUCACUACCGCUGUUAUGAGUCUGUUGAGCAACAGCGGACUGAUGAAUAAACAAAACUUUGCCACUGUCUGAUCUGGCAAACACUCAAAUACUCACACCCAUCCCUAGACAUACGGCUUCUGCUGUGCAUUACUGCUUCACUCUGUCUGUUCUUCUGUUUCUUCUGUCCAGUGAUGGGUGUGAGCCUUCAUUAACUGUAUGGAUUAUGCCAUGCUCCUUUUUUCAGCAGUUUUGUUUUUGUUUUUUUAUUCAGUAAUAUUACAAGUCCUUUUCAUACUACUAGAGCUGCAGAGGUGACAUGCAUCAAUGUGCUGUAAAAGUCUAUAGAAUGGAAAAUAUUCUGUUCUGGAAUUAUAAUGUAUCAUAAGGGAUGAACAUGUCUAGUUUUAGUGGUGCAGAGGGGGGUGAUUUAACUUAACCUGACGAUGCUGAAUGAAGUUUGACAGUGUUACUUGUAGUUCCUGCUUUUGUCCACAAGAAGGUGGCAUUUCUCUUCGAUCACAAAGCCACAUGGUCAUUUUUACACCAUUAUGCCUAAUGAUGUGAGAAAGGAUUAAGUGCGUCUGUGUGUGUGAUUCUGUGUAUGCUUGUUUUGGUGUGUGUGGCAUGUCUCUGGUCAUGAUUGUGAAUCUUAGUCAGAUGGAAAUUGCAAAAAGGAGUUUGGUUUAGUUUUUGACUGAAAUGAACUCUAUGUAUGUGAAAUGACCAAGUGAAGUAAUAAAAGAGUGAAAAUGGCCUGAA